UUAGAUCUUGAUAAUAAUGAAAAUGAUGAGAUUUCUAAUCCUGAAGAUAAUGACAAAUCACACGAAGAAUCAUAUGAAGAAUCACGCGAGAGACCACGCGGAAGACCAUGCGGAAGACCACGCAAGAGACCACAAACAAUGUUGUAUGGAACGUCUAGUAAAAUAUCGCAAAAAAAAAAAGAUACUGGCUGUGAUGUGACCGAUAUAAUUAUUCAAAAUUGCUGGUGUAAAACGGGAAUCCUUCCAGACACAAGUGAGGUAGAAAUGGAAUUUGAAUAUCAAGAAUCUGAAAAUAAUCUGGAUGACGAUGAGGUUGCAGAAAUUAUUACAGACUU